AUGGAUAACGCUGAACCCAGUACAUCUGACGGUCGAAAAGGACGAAAUAAGCGUAAAAGUGAUAAUGCAGGUGCGGGCUAUUGUGGGCUGACUCCGGAGGAAGUCCGAAAUCUUUCACAAUAUCUUAUGAGCUCCGAUGAGGAUGAGCCCGAAGAUCCCUUUGCUGACAGUGGAAGCGAGUUUAUUCCCAGCUCGGAAGGUGAACCUUCAGAGGACGACUACUUGCAAGUGUCUGAAGGUGAAGACAACAAGCAUGAUUCAUCUCAAACGCCGGUCUUGGAACCUGAGACAGCAAUGGACGAGAGAAUGGAUAUUAUUAGAGAACGUACGAGGUUAGAAAUAAAAUGGACGGACAAAGAGUUUAUUCCGCAAGUUUUUGCAUUUGAUAGUACUAAUAGCGGAUUAAGAAAUGUUAGUUUAAAUGAUCAAAGCAGUGAAGUAGAUUUCUUUUUGAGUCUUUUAUCUGAAAUAUUAUGA